UUUUGAUUUAAGAAGUUUAAUGAUAAUGAAGAUGAUCUUCAAAGUGAAAUUUUUAUAAAAUAAAUAAAUACUUAAUUUAACAAAAAAAGAUUUUAAUUAAACAGCUGUUUAAGUUUAUUUGUUAUUGAUAUAAAUAGAUCUAUAAAACAGCUGUUUUUGCCAAAUAACAUAAAUAUGGCGUUUGUACGUGCUUUAAUGGUGGCCCUUGCGGCUUUAACAUUUCCAAGCAGAUCUCAAGGAUUAAUAGCUGGCUCCUCUGCUGGUGCCCUCAAUUCACAAACUUCAAAUGGAUUACAAUGUCAGCUGAUAACUGUUACCGCCUGCCAGGGUUUGGGCUAUAACAUGACCGCCUUACCCAACUUGGCCGGACAUACCAAUCAAUUGGAAGCAGAACUUAGGAUCACCAAACUAUUACCCCUGAUCGAAUCUCACUGCUCCAAUCGCAUACGAUUCUUACUGUGCUCAGCUCUCUUUCCUCUCUGCACACCCGAUGUCCCACGGCCAGUUACAGCCUGUACCUCACUGUGUGAUCAUGUGAAAAGUGAGUGCUCCUCACAUACGGAUUUAAUGCAAUUAUGGCCAGAAUUUUUGAAAUGUGAAAAUCUACCCAGUCCGGAAAGGCAAGAACUAUGCAUGCAAAUACCCACCCUAAUGGAGACUGCCAAAUUAUCAGCCGAAGUUGGUAAAACAGAAAUGCCGGUGAAAACUCAGCAAGAUCAACAACAGCAACCCAGGCAAUUACAGAUACCACAGCAGGUGCAACAAGCUCAAGCUGGCGGCAAUGCAGGAGGACAUCAUUUCUAUUGGCCCUGGUUCAAUCCACACAUCAGCAAAGCCAUUAAACCCUCGGCCAUAUGUCCUCUCAACUUCACCGUCAAUCCUCUAGACAAUGAUGAAUGUGUGCCGCAAUGUAAUCGUGAUGGUUUUCACUCGACUCAGCAAAAGAAGGUGGCUGAAAGCUUAAUAUUGGGCUUGUCGGCGGUAUGCUUUGUUUUGACUUUGUUCUCCUUGGUAACCUUCUGGGCUGAACCCACACGUUUUGGUUAUCCCGAGAGACCUGUAUUGUUUUUGUGCCUGUGCUACAACUUGUUCUCCGUCUGCUAUUUGGAGCGCAUAGUAUUCCAUAAUUCCUCCCGGGCUUUUGCUGUUCACGAAGAUCCUUUGGGUAAAACACAAUUGCUGCCUUGUUCCCUGACUCCGCCCUGUUUGGCUUCCUACAUCACCACCAGCUAUUUAAGUUUGUGUGCUGCCACCUGGUGGCUGAUAUUUGCCUUGUGCUUUUAUUUGUCUUCCCACAAGAAAUGGUCCUCCGAGGCCUUGGAAAAGAAGUCCGGAUUGUUUCAUGUAUUGGCCUGGGUGCCACCCUUGGCUCCUCCCAUAGCAGCCCUUUUAAUGGAAAAAGUUAAACCCAAUGAAUUGACUGGCAUGUGCUCGGCUCCUGGUUUUGUGGAAAUCCCUGCCAUAGUUCUGCUACUCCUAGGAUUAUUCUUCACCCUAAGAGCCUCUCGUUCUCUACAUGCCCUGCAACAACAAAUGCUGCCCACUUUUGGUCAUCAGAGAUUUUCACAAAUACGCAAGAGAUUUUUGAUAUUCUCCCUGGUAUUCUUUGUGCCCACUUUGGCGGGUGUGGUGUCGAAUUUUUUCGAGCCCCAUCUAGAAACCGUGCCCACAUGUUCGACUCGUGAGGAUUGUGCCUCGCCCAAUCAAAUGCCCGCUUGGCCUUCAUUAAUCAGACUGUUCUUUCAAUUGGCUGGUGGUACUUUAACCGGCAUGUGGGUGUGGUCUCGCAAAACUUGCGAGUCCUACAGAAGUCGUUUGGUGCCCACACCCACCUCCUCCAUGACAAAUACCACCACCAAAUCGGCCAAUUCAUUGCCUAAAAAACAUUUACACACUUCGGGUAAAUCAACAAUAGGCGCUCCUCUCUACAGUGGCAUUAAUUUCCACAAUGUGCCCGUUUAUACCACAACAGCGAUGCCGCCACCACAACCUCGUGUGUAGCCCAUUACAUUUCACAAGACUACAACAACUCAUUUAAGGGCGGGUGUAUAUAAAAUUGGGGAUUUCUAACGUAAAAUAUUUAAGCCACUUAUUUCAACGAAAUAUUUUAAAAAUCUAUAAAAAUAAAAUUGUACAGUUUUUUCUAUCUAUUAUUUAUCGUUUUAUCAUUAAAAUUAAUUAGUACUUAAGACUCGAAUGUUGUUUUUUUUUUAUUUUUUCAAUAAAUAAUUAUUUACUUGACAAAUAUUUCCCAGUUAUUAAUUGCUUUUGUAAUCAACUUUUAAUUAGUUUGUUACAAAAUUAAGUGUGAAAAAAGUAUAAAGAUUAAAGCAGUUUAUUGUUAAAUAAUUUCAUCAUUUAUUUUUUUCAUUGCAUUUUUGUGUUAUUAGUUUUUAAUUUAUUUAAUUUAUUUUAUGUUUUAUUUUUUGUUUUACGAUUUUCUCUCUGUAUUAUAUAUAUAUUUUUAUUAUUACUGUCUAAGUAUUUGUUAAUAAUUUAGCAAUGUAAGUUAAACACUUGUAAAUAUAAUUGAAAUAAUUUACACAAAAGUAUUUAGUUUUGUAAUUGAACAUAAAAGAAAUAUUUUUAAAAAAAUAUACAAAAAUCAUUAUUUAAUAAAAGAAAAAACCAAA